AUGGCUGGCCAAGCCACAAGUCCGGAGCCGGGCGGCUUCUUCCACCACACGGGGCUGCCCUCGCCGGCUCCAUCUUCUGCGUCCUCGCGAGCGACUGGUAACCUCCCGCACCCCCGCGGACGCGCCCUCGCACCCGGCUCCAACAAGGAGGACAUGGUCCGUCGCUAUGUCGAGGACCGCCUGCUCAAUGCCUCCAGGCGCUACGUCAAGAAAUUUGGCAGUAAUGACGGAAAUGACACGGUCGUGGGCUUCACCAGCGCCAGCGAGGUAUGCAAGGAACUCGACGGGCUAGUCAACAUCUUGUGGCGGUCCGGCACGCCGAGUCUCCAGAUCCCGUUCCUGCUCAAGCUGGCCAGCGACUUCACGCAGUACGUCAGGUCCUUUCCGCCCGCGCCCCGCGCCACAUUCGCCCUGCUUGGAAAGCUGGAUCAUUGUUUUGCGAGCCUGCUUGGUGGCCAAGACAUUGACUCCGGCGAGCCGCUUCCCGGCUUCGAGAACGGUCUGCGCGCGGGCAUGACAGUUACGGACAUGGUGCGGUGCCGCAGCCUGGUGGAGCAGACACGCAUGCUCAUGGUCGAGCUGAUGAGCCAGGGCGCGGAGGAGGAGGAGGAGGAGGAGGAGGACGACGACGACGAGUCUGACAGCGAAAACGCCACCGAAGACGAUAAAUUGGGGGACAGGCAAGCGGUAGCGUGGGAUAUUGAUGAAGAGAGGCUGCACAUGGACGCGGCGAGGGUCUAUGAGCAGACCAUUGUCAAGCUCGGCGACCGCUUGGGAGAGCCGCUCGUGGGCGAAAAUGCGCCGGCCAACGAUGUCGUCUGGGACAUAUAA